AAUUCAUGUAAGAAAGAAUCACAAAAAAUGGAAAUUCUUCAUAUCUACGUAUCCCUCUUGUUACUUGUAGUUUCAUAUCUCUUCACAACCCACAUUCAUUGGAAAGUUUCCAAUCUCCCGCCAACCAUCUUCCCAACGCUACCCAUAAUCGGUCACCUCUACCUUCUAAAGGCCCCAAUCUAUCGAACCUUCGCCAGGAUAUCUGCUAAACAUGGUCCGAUCAUCCUUCUUAGGUUCGGCUCACGCGGUGUACUCUUGGUCUCAUCCCCUUCUAUUGCUGAAGAAUGUUUCACAAAGAAUGACAUAGUCUUUGCCAACCGUCCUAAUUUAGUCUUUGGCAAGAUCCUGGGCGACAACUUCACGAGCCUAGUUUGGGCGCCCUAUGGAGAUCAUUGGCGCAACCUUCGUCGCAUUGCAUCAACUGAGAUUCUAUCUACUCAGCGUCUCAAUGAGUUCCAGGACAUUCGGGCUGAUGAAGGCUUGCUACUGAUUCGUAAGUUGUUGUCGAAUUCUUCUCCGGUUAAUAUGAAGUCGGCUUUCUAUGAGCUUACGCUUAAUAUCAUGAUGAGGAUGAUAUCAGGGAAGCGGUACUUUGGUGGCGAUAUUGUUGAGGUGGAGGAGGAAGGGAGAAGAUUUAGGAAGAUACUAGACGAGGCGUUUUCGCUUGCGGGUGCUUCGAAUUUGGGGGAUUACUUGCCAAUUUUGAGUUGGUUUGGAGUGAAAGGAUUGGAGAAGAAAUUACUUUUAUUGAGGGAGAAGAAGGAUGUGUUUUUCCAAGGGUUGAUAGAGCAACUUAGAGAAAAGCAUGUGAAUGAGAAAAAUAAUAAGAAGAAGAAGAAGACCAUGAUUGAAGUGUUGUUAUCACUACAAGAAUCAGAUCCCGAGUAUUACACUGAUAAAAUGAUCCGAAGCUUUGUGUUGGUAAGAUUCUCUUCUACUACUAAACAAUUGUUUAUCAUUGACCGCUAAUUACCGUGGUUACAAAUCUGUCGGUAAUUACUCAAGGAUUUUAAACAAAAUCCUUUAAAAAAAUUUAAAAUAAGUUUAUGCGUCGUAGUUUUUUUUGGAAAAAAACAUUAAAAACAGUCGGUAACCCGUCGGAAAACAAAAUCAUCCACGGACAUAUUUUUGUCAGAGUAUCAUCAAAGAU